AGAGCCAGUUAUAGUAAAACGAAGAGAGACACAAGACAACUUGUUGUGAUGCUCCACCGCAGUGCAGGGUGGGAAGGGAGUGCGCGUGGGUCUGGGGGAAGGUUAAAGCGAGGGGCCGUGCAGACGCUGACUAGGCCUCCCGGAAGCAACAGCUGAUGACUCCACGGGGACACGGACAACGAGGCGGUGGCGUUCGGCUCUGCACCAAGACGUGGAUCCGAGAGGGUUUCACCCCGCCGGAGGGUCGCCCCGGAGCAGCAUGGGACACACCUACGUGCCGCUCGUGUCCACCGACACGCGCUCCCACGGGGACAAACGCAGGUCGAGCCGCGCGCAGACCUCCACGCCGAACUACAACCUGAACAAUGCAUUGGGCACCAUCAGAGUGCUCGGUUUGGAACUGAUCACAGACGAACUUAAACCACAUCUGGACACGGUGCUGGUCAACAUUAAGGAGAGGAAAAAGGGUGCUGCCGAGCAGGUGGUGAUCAGUGGGAUCCUGCCGGUCCUGGCCCUGUCCCUGAGGAGCCGGGGGCCUCUCACCGGGCUCACCGCAAGGCUGGUGGCUGAACUCGCCAAGGAAUCUGUAGUUCGUAAAGGUUUCGGAGACGCCGGUUUGGUUCCGGCUCUGCUGUCCGUGUUGACCAGUCCGGACCAGGAGGUGAUCCUACACGCUGCAAGGGCCAUCUCACGCAUGUCUUAUGACAGCUCCAAGCUGCAGGGACUGCUGCUGCGUCGAGGUGCAGUGCCUCGCCUCGUCAACGCCCUGCUCCGCUUCCCCGACCAGGAGGCCCUGCAGGAGGCGUGCCUCCAGGCCCUCUGCAACCUCAGCGGCAUGGGGGUGGCCGAGGAGGCCGGGCUGGUCUGGGAGAGGGGCGCGUCCGUGAGGCCGGGGGAGUCGGUGUUCCACGGCGCGGCGCCUCACACCUGCGGGCUCGCCUCCUCCGUGACCUUGGUGCGCGUGUCUCAGUGGGCGCCGGGUCAGUACGCGGUCAACGUCGAGGUCUUCCAGCGCUGCUCCUCCUCGUUCUGGGGCCUCGGCGGGGACCAGCGGCCGGCUCGCUGGUCCCCGUUCCCCGGCUUGGGAAGCUGGUCGAAUCUGUACAAGGUGAUCAGGUUCUCGAAGAGGAACAUGUUCCACACUUUCCUCUGAAAGCUAACUGGUGCAUAAAACUCUCUGAGGGACCACUGCAACCGCUCCAAGUCCUCCGCCAAUCACUGAUCCACAUCAGGGGAACGUUUUACACACCAGGAACCUGGACAAUUAAGGCUAAAACACACGAGGUUCCCAUCUGUGAUGGGAUGCUACUCACUUUUUGUGCAAUAGUUGAAUGAGAGAUGAGGAAAAUGCUAAAUGUCAGAGAAAAUAAUGUUUAAAGAUGAAUAUUGUGUCUGUUGAUUUAUUCACAAAUGCAAAAAAUAAUUUUGAAUUUUCUGAGGCCGCAGAAUUGAGAAUUGAACGUUCUUUUCUACAGAGCAAUUGAAUUAUUUUUUAUUGUGGCGUAUUGAUCGUAGACUCUCAUUGUAAGCAAUAAACUAUUGGUUUAUUGCUUACAGUGUAUAUAAUUUGCUAUUGUGUACUUAUCUUUUAUGUGAUAACAUUGUGAAUGUGCUGUUAAUGGAUGCAUAGGGAUUAUUAAAUUACGGCUUAAAUUGAUUAUUAUUAUUUUACAUACUGACAACCGACGCAUCAACUCACAACUUCAUUAUUUAUAACUUCAUAUUAAUCUACAAUUUGAGAUCCCAUGUAACCAAAUAGAGCAUAACUCUAGCCCUAGUCAUGUGAACACAAAAGCAUUGAUAUCUUUGUGCAGGUUUAUAUACUAGAAUGAAACACUAGAUGGCGUCACUGUGCUUCGUGGACCUUAGUAUUACAGAAUUAGACCACCAGUUUGUGACUUUGAAACAAUCUUAAUAAUGACUCCACAUAUCAGUGAAUAUUGUCAGAUAUUUACAUAGAUUUAAUUUGUUCACCUUCCGUUGCCUCUGAAAGCAGUUUGUGUAAAUAUCUAUCUAGUGUGUAAGUUGAAUAGUGCGCUCGCCCCAUGACCUUUUAAAUAAAAGAUGCCAAGACAAA